GCUUUGAAGGAAUCGUGUUGGGAAGAAUAGAGCAAAUGGUGCUGCAGCACCUCCUUCCCUCGCAGCCCCACUUCAAAAAACAGAGCACAGCAUCGGCCCUCGUUCCUCAUCGCUCUCCUUCCCCUAUUCCCCCGCUAAGACUCGGAUUCCCUCGUUGCAACCAUGGUGGUGAUGAAGAUGAAGUUCCCCUUUCAGAAAAGGGUGAAGCUAGCCCAGGGACUGUGGCUCCUCUCAUGGUGUGCUACAGUUGCCGGGGCUAUCACCUUCACCCUGGGCUGCAUCCUCAAGACGGAGCUCCGCAGGAGGGCAGAGGUAAUGGAUAACUCGGACAUACAUGUUGUGCCCAAUACCCUCAUGAUUGUUGGUCUGGCCUCCUUGGGUAUCAACUACUUUGCGUCAAAGAUCUGUCAGGAUGCUCUGGAUGCCGGGCGAUUUCCUCGCUGGAAGAAAAUGUUAAAGCCCUUUUUCGCUGUCUCUUGCUUCUUCACGGUGCUCAUGCUGCUCGCUGUCAUCAUGAGCUUUGUAAUGAAGGGCAGUCUGGAGUCCUCUCUGAGGGUUGGCCUGAGGAACGGCAUCCGCUUCUACAAGGACACAGACACCCCGGGCCGCUGCUUCCAGAAACAGAAUAUUGAUCGCCUGCAGAUAGACUUCCAGUGUUGUGGAAACAAUGACUUCAGGGACUGGUUUGAGGUCCAGUGGAUCAGCAACCGCUACCUUGAUUUCAGCUCUAAGGAAGUCAAAGACCGCAUCAAGAGCAACGUGGAUGGCCGUUACUUGUUAGAUGGAGUCCCAUUCAGUUGCUGCAACCCCAGCUCUCCCCGGCCAUGCAUCCAGUUUCAGCUCACCAACAACUCAGCUCACUACAACUACGACUACCAAACCGAGGAGCUCAACAUCUACCUCCGAGGCUGCAGAGAGGCCCUGGUCCACUACUACAUGGGCCUGAUGAACGCCAUUGGGGCUGGAGUACUGUCAGUCUUCCUCUUACAGGCCUCUGUGCUGGUGAGCUUGCGGUUCCUGCAGACCUCCAUGGAGGCAGUGGCAGGGAAUGAAAACACAGAGAUCGAGACAGAAGGGUACUUGCUUGAGAAACCAUUGAAAGAGACCAUCAUGGAAUAUCUCGAACCUGUGAUGAAGUUCUUCCUGCUUACAAACCAGGUGGAAGAGGGCACUGCUGGACCCCCAGCUCCAACCGCUUAAACCACAAAUAAUGUACACUCAUGUAAAUACUUUUUACACAGAGAAGGCAACUAAUGAAUGAUAAUUAAUGAUUUAAAUUUGAAAAAUAUUUCAAAACGUUUCUAUGAAUUUUACAGGUUUAGCGAUAGUAUUUUUUUAUUGUCAGAUGACCAUCACAGAUAAAGUAAAUGUUUAUUAUAAUACUGUACUUUUCCAUUCAAAUUUGAUACGCUGUUACACCCCCUCUGUAAACCACAGACUGAACAACAAAAGAAAAGAUAGUACAGUACCGUACAGUACUAACCACAGUAGUCACUGUCAACCAUGAUUUUGACCGUUUUUGAGAUACUUGUCAAUACCCCUCAAUGUUUUUAAUUAUUUCUCAUUUCUUCUUUUUUUCUUUGUUGCUACAUUUGUUAACAGUUCCACAAAUUUACAAAACCACUUCACUGCUUUUGAACAUGACAGUCAUUGCUAAUUAAUUCUCAACAAGCUGUGUCAAAAGCAUUAACAACAAUCACCAACCAGUCAUUUGGAAAACUCAUCAGUAAUUCAUGAGGCAGUGUACGAAAAUAAUUUUUGAUCUUGCAAAACAAGGAUGGAAAGUUGACUGCAGAGAGACACGAGGCAUAAUGCUCUACUGUGCAACAGGACUAUUACAUGAUAUAACAGAGGAAUUGUUAAAGUUUAAGGGUUACUAAUUGCCUUAUGCAGAGGAGUCAUGUAUUGCUUCUUUUUUUCUAAUGACAUGCAGACAUUAUAAUACUUCACAUUUACUCCAUAACAACUGCUCCAAGCUGCUAAUUUCUCUUUGUCUCUCUUCUCCUUGUCAGUAAAAGGAAUAGGAUUAUGAAGAUUGAUAUAAUCAAAGUCAGUAAUGCAGUGAAAGCCAUCAAGUGUGUCCUCUGUUCUGGCACCUUUGUUAAAGCUUUUAAUCCCAUUUGUUAAUACUUAACCUGCUGCCCUUGCAUUUAGACACCUGCGUCAGGUGAAUGUAAGAUGCAGAGUGAACUAUGCCAAGGCUUUUUUUUUUCUGCUAAUGGAAAUGUACUGAACAAUAUAACAUUAGUGAUAUAACUUCAAAUUUGGAUGAAGAGGUUGUGUUCUUUUUCAAUGUCCCUGAGCAGUUCAUUAAAUAUGCAAGAGAAAUAUUCUACAAUCUCUUUGUUACCAAAAACAAAAUAUUGGUUGAUGUCUGGAAUCUAUUUGUAAUAUCCACCCAUGUGAAUAGCUUUAUUAAAGGUCGUUUUAAAAACA